AGCUGUUCCAAGCCAGCUGCGUGGCCAUGCGGUGACGCCGGAAAUUUGUGAACCGCCGCGAGGCAUGGCCUCCGCCCGGCGGCUCGCCGCGCUGGCGCUGGCACCGGCGGCCUCCAGCGCCGCGGAGUUCCACGCCACGGCGCUGCGGUGCCCGGAGACGUGGCGGCCGAUGCUGGAGCGGCUGCAGGCGGCAGAGGCGCAGCUGCGGGCGGGCGGGGCGCAAGAUGUGCGGCGCCAGCUUGCGGAGGAGGGCGCCGAUGCGCGCCGUGCGCUGGAGGAGUGCCCGCUGGCGAUGGCUGCGCUGCUGCGGCUGGGCGCCAUGGCUCACUACGGGGAUCCGAAAGUCAGAGAGGCGGAGGUGCACGUGCAGAUCGGCGCGCUGGAGGUGGCGCUCAGCUUGCAGCACCUGGCGGCGGGGUGGCUGAUCUUCGCCUACAACGGCCCCGCCCGGCACCAGGACGCCUUCAUCGACGAGUCCCCGUGGCCCAUCAGCUCCGCGCGCUUCGGGGACGAGCACCGCUCCGUGGCGCAGCUCUUGCGGGAGCUGAAGGCCAGUUUCCAAGCCUCGCCCCGGUCCGUUUUGCCCACUGCGCGCCUGUCCUCGCGCUUGGCGAUGGUGACCAUUUGCGACUACGAAGCCGACUCCGCACUACCCCGGCUGGCGGCGUUUGCUCAUGGUCUCUAUGCUCAGGCCCACGGCUACGGCUACGUCCACCACCGGACCUCGGAGUUGGCCGACGGGCGGGCCCCCGCCUGGGGCAAGGUGCGGGCAAUGCUCGCGGCGCUGCAGGAUGGGCGCUGGGACUGGGUGGCCUGGGUGGAUUGCGACCUUUACUUCAUGGACCUCAACAAGACCUUGGACUCCCUUCUGCUGACCUACGCCCCUUCUCCGGAGUCGGAGUCAGAGUCGGAUGAGACGGACCCGGAGGUGAAUCUGCUCAUCUCCGAAGAUUCGCAGACUCUGAACACCGCCAUCUUCUUCCUGCGCCGCGGUGCCUGGAGCGAGCAGCUGUUGAAGCGUGUCUGGCAGGAUCCGGACGGACAGCCCUCAGCCUUUGUGGACCACACCUGGUGGGAGCAGCAGGCCUUUGCACAGGAGCUGCUGGGCGACAACUUGCGGCGCUUCGGGCGGCUGCGCUACGCGCGCGCUGCAGUCCACGCGGCCGCGGGCUUUCCACUGCCAGGUGUGUUGAAGGCAUACCCACCUCAAGUGCGGAUCAUCCCCCAGCUUGAGAUGAACUCGUACCACCCCAUCUCCUCGCGCCUGGUGGAUGAGACCUGGUCCCCAGGCAAGUUUGUCCUGUCCUUCAACGGGGAGUUCAGGUUGCCCCUGGAAGGCUCACGGUCAAGUCCCUGUCUGGCCCGGCAGUCGCCAAGGUGCUCCAUGUGAAUUACUUCGAAGUCUUCUGCCAGCUCAACAACCUUCAGCAGCGGUGUAGGGACAUCCUUAGGGAGGAGGAGAUUGGCAUGAUGAGCCCGUGGCUGGACACAGCGCGGGCGG